AUUCUGUCUUCAAACUGUAUCAAUGUCUAUUUUCGGCUGAUUCACGAGAGAGCUGCCACCUUCAGGGCGUACAUUGUAUUUCUGAUCAUUACUGUCGCAGACACAUUCAGUCCUCUUGCUGCAAAUAGCUGAUUCCUCGGUCCGCUUGGAAGUGGCAUAAUGUGUCAGGAUUGCAAUAAUUCCUAUUAACCGAUAGUCACGUUAGAGAAAUGCUCGCUGAUCUGCUUUAUAUUUCCGUGAUUUACACUGUAUUUUAGUUCAAAGCCGUUAUGGAAGAGCGGACAUCCGAAAAGGCCUCGAAUAAACGAUGCAUUUAUCAUCACGGCAAAAUGUGAAAACGGCAACGUGGAUUUUAUUACAGAUGACGUGCACCACCGAAAAGUUGGUGGUGCAACAGUGCUGAGAAAAGCAGAAUUGGACAUAUUACUGCUACCUUUUUGUCCCUUCACUGGAUCUAGUUUUACACAAUCAGUGUAAUAAUACCCAUAAAGGAAGAGUAAAAAUGUUUUCCCUGUGAUCUGUAAGAAUGGCGAAGGGAUAUAGCUUUAGGAUCUGUAAGGGUCAGUUUGGGAAGCGAGGAGGCCAUUUAAAGUUUAUCCAUUACUUCUUCAUAACAGUCUUCUGUAUCUCUCUGCUAGCUUUACUCUUUAUUGAUGUAAUUGAAUUGUGGGUAACCUCGCUGGGCAUGAGCAAAGCGAUUGGUCCUCAUGGAGUAGUCAUUCCACACAGUAUACCCCCGAUCCGUUCCGAAGAGUAUUUGUUUAUGCCUAGCAUCCACGUCUGCCAGCGUGCCAAACCUUACCUCAUCAUUUUGGUGGCAACCGCACCUCAAAACAGAAAGGCCCGCCAAGCCAUUCGUGACACCUGGGGUGGGGAAAUACAAGUCAGGGGUCACCGAGUCAUGACCCUCUUCAUUGUAGGUCAGCCAUUUGACCCAGUUAUUGGCAAAGAAUUAAUAGAAGAGUCAAAAGAGCGUGGGGACCUCAUACAGGGUCGCUUCAUGGACUCCUAUGGCAACUUGACCCUGAAAACUCUGUCUAUGCUGGGCUGGGCACGCCGUUUCUGUCCACAGGCUCACUACCUGGCUAAGGUAGAUGAUGAUGUAUUGUUUAACCCUAGCGCACUGCUGCAAUAUCUCAACCUCAGCUUUAAAACAGAAGAAAAUGACCUCACAGAACUUUAUCUGGGUCGGGUCCAGAUGAAGGUAGAGCCGAACCACAAUCCUGCCAGCAAACACUUCAUGUCAGAAAAUGCAUACAAUGAUACGUUCUUUCCCGAUUACUGCAGCGGAACAGCAUAUGUUCUUUCUCAGGCAGCUUUGCUCAAGCUGUCACUAGCGGCUGACGCCAUACUUUUACCCAGACCAUUGCCCCCAGAGGAUGUGUUUAUAGGUAUUUGCGCUAAGAGGGCAGGCAUAACACCUACCCAUUCUCCACUCUUCUCUGGAGGUCCAGCUGUACCGUACAGUCGUUGUUGCUACCAAAUGAUGGUGUCUGUCCACCAUACCAAGCCAGGGGACAUGGUGCACUACUGGAAGGAAGUGCACUCCACUGCCCCAUGUUCAUGGUUGGGUAUGCGGACAUCUUUUGGUGUCUGUAAAAUAAGAGCACUUCUUGGGACACUGUUGGGGACAGACUCCUAAAAUGAAGAUCAUUUAAUCUGCUGAAAUUAUAGGAAAGUAAGUUAUUGUGGAAAAAAAAUAAAAAAGCACAAAGGGUAUUCUUUGGUGAUAAUAUGCACUGCAACAUAAUUUUGUUAUUAUGAAGUACUUGAAUAGAUGUUCACUGCGUUACCCAGCAUGUGCCUUUCAUGAUUACAUUUGUAUGCUCAAAAUGGUCUGGUACGGACCGGUACACAGUACUGGCACUUCUAUAUUAUAAUCUUUAGCAUACCUUCACUUUUUCUUGCAAACCGAUGCUUCUUAGAUGUUGCCAGUACUUAAUCACCCAGACACUGACUCUUAAUGACUAAUAAAUAUACACUCCAUAAAUUAUACAACCCAAGAGGAGACACCAGGAGAUCAUGUGAAUGCAAGUGGAGUCCGUUAUGAUCUACCAGCAGUCUCGCAAGCAUUUUUUUUUUACCAUUGUAGAGAUUUCAAAUAUGAUAAUGAUUUGCAUAUAUCAGUAAGUGUACACCGGCACUUUAAUUUACAAUACUAUAUUUUAGGUAAAAUUAGUUAGGUAAAACUACAUGUUAGGUAAAAACUGUUAGCCUGAAUGUACCAUAAGUCGCUUUGGAUAAAAGCGUCUGCUAAAUGCAUAAAUAUAUUAAAACAAAAUAUAAUGGGAACACUGCUUGGCCUAAGAAAAAGGAUUAUAAAUUCCCUUGUCCUUUUAGGGUGAAAAUAAGCAGACAUAAUGAAAUGUUAAGAGUAUGUUAUGUAAAAUAAUAUGCCAAAAAAACAGUAAUUCUUUGCAAAUCUGUGCCAAUGAUAGAAGGUUUUGAGUAAGUAGAUCCCGCAGGAGCUUUUGCACCUCGCUCUGUUGCUAUACUUGGUCAUGAUUGUUGCAUUGGACUGUUAGUCUGUGGGUUAUUUCAUGUGAAAGAAACACCGGAAUCAGGCUUGGGUUGUAUUGUUCUUGUGAGCCCUUAUAAACCUCUAAGGCCCAUGCACACCUUUUCUCCUUUUGCAGUGCCCCUUUAUAUGAUACAAUACUAACUCCACUUAAUACAAAUAAAUAAAUACGGAAAAAAAAAAUAUUCUUAAUUUUUUUUGGCAUAGACAAAGUAAGGUGCAUGUUAUUUGGCAAUAUGUUAUAGCAAGCUAAUAAAGUUAAAACAUUUCUGCUGAUUUUUAUUGUUGACCUGUGUGACAUGCAUUUCUGUGUAAGCAUCUGUAGGUUUCUUGGCAAGGCUUCAUCACCUGAUGGCCAUUCCUGGCAACAGUUAAAUCACUGCUCACCUCUGCAGAACAUGUAAUUCUAGCAAUGAAAAAUGCUAUACAACAUAUAAGAAAGUAGCUUGGUCCUAGCCAAUUACAGGCUUUUUAAUAAGAAAGAUUUACAUGAAGACAGUGAUGAGUAUCUAAAACUGGAGUGAUGAGCCAUGUCUUAGUUCUGGUUAAUAGCAAUAAUACAGAAUAUUAAAGUCUCAACUGUUGUCAUUUUCCCCCAUUUUAUUGGGCCUUUAAAGACAAAUAAAUGAACAUUUUUUAAAGAUUUUAUAGGUAUUUUAUUAAACAAGCUAAAAGCUUUUAAGGAACAAGGAAACGACAUCCAGAGGUUUUGAAAAAAAAAAAAAA